CCCAGCGAGGCUGGCAAAAAACAGCCUGGCUUCGGAUCCUAAAUCUUCCGUCCUUGAGCUUCCAUCCAUUCGAUCACCACACAUACAUCAUGCAUCAUCCGUUUGCCACAAUCUGACAUUUGAAAUCAUAAGACGAAGACCAUGGACAUCAAAGCAGCGGUAAUGAAGCUACUCGAAGAGUCCGGCAAGCCUUUGAAACGAAAACAUAUCCAGCGCCACCUCAAGGCAGAUGCCACGAAAAAGGAAGUGAAGAAAGCACUUCGGAGCCUGGUGAAAACUGAUGAAAUUGCGAAGGAGGGGAAGAAGGCCUAUCGAAUCAAUGCGAAAGCCAAAGAGGACAGCAAUUCGUCAGAUAGUGAGUCGGACGACGAGAAAGAUGAUCGCCAACCGUUACCAAUUGCCGAGCAACUUCGACGGAAGAAAGCGCCAACAUCAUCGACCAAGAGUCCUCUGCAAGAAAAUCCAAAGAACAAUGAGAAGGUAGAAGACGACCAUGUGUCGGAUAUUGACGAAGAGAUUCGAAGAUUGGAAGAGGAACUAAAGAAUGACAAUGACAGUGACAGCGAGGAAGAUUCUGAUGAGGAAUCGGAAGCUUCGGAAAGAGAACCUACAGAUGAUGCAGGAGGAGUUAUCUCCCUGUCAACUCUGGCCGAAGAUCGAAUUUCGGCUUUGCCGACAAGCUGUCUACCAUCCAAUAAACGACGGAAGCUCAAGGGAAUCGACGGCGAUAACUCGGCAGGAAAGACAAUCAGCAACGGCGAACGAAAGUCGAACAAGCGUAAACGGGAUGAUAGCCAAAAGUCAACCACAGAAAUCAGUGCAGGACUCAAGGCUGCGGUCAAGGUUGUGUUGAAUGGCUACGUCGCAAGAUCCAACGAAAAGAUUCCCUUUUAUUGCCGAGUCUGUGCCAAACAAUACGCAGACAGCGACGAAUUCUUUCAACAUAAAAGGACAGAGUUUCAUAAAGCUGCAGUAGAAAUGGAAAAGAAGGCCAGCUAUUGCAAACUCUGCAGGAAACAGUUGACCAGUCCAGUCCAACUACAGGAGCAUCUACAUUCCAAGCCACACAAAGACCGACUUCAAAUGAUGAAAAACAGACAACCACAGCGACAGCGAAAGUAGCGUGGACACUGUUGAGGCAAAAGAGAGCUGUAGAUUGCUGCCUAUUCAAACAUCGUUCAUUUUCUCGGUCUU